AUGGCCAUGGCAUUGCCUCUGCUCUCCGCGAGCCGCCGCUGGGAUGUGGAGCUCUUGGAAGGCGGAAGCGACGGCGAAGAGGAGGCCGCAGAGGACUCGGGGCCUCGCCUUCCCUGGGGCAUUCGGAAGACGCUCUUGCAGGAAGGUGCCUCGGAAGACCGUCCGGUGACUGGCGACGAGGUGAAAAUUCACUUUGAUGUCCGGCUUCUGGAUGGGACAGCGAUUGGCUCGUCCAAGGAGAGCGGUCCCUUCGAGUUCGUGGUCAACCAGAGGCCCCGGGAGAUCAUCCAAGGCUUGGAGAUUGCUGUGCAAACAAUGAAGAAAGGGGAAGUAGCAGAAUUUACGAUCGCACCCAGAUUCGCGUACGAUGACCUCGGCUCACCUCCUCUUGUGCCCCCCGACGCGACGCUUGUAUUCGAAAUCGAGCUCCUACAGUGGCAGAACAAGUUGGACGUACUUGGGGAUGGCCGUGCCAUCAAGACGAUCCAGCAAAGAGGCUCUGGAAGCACCAGGCCACGACGGGGCCAAGAUGUCGUCGUCUCAUUGGAAAUCACCUCCCGCAAAGGGGAGGUGCUUCAAAAGAAGAGUGCGACAGAUCAUGUUGUUGGCGAGAAGGACUUCGGGCCCGUCUCUGACAUCAUUUCGGAGGUGCUCCAGACCAUGGUGGCAGGCGAGCGCUGCAAGGUGCUCCUUCGAAGGUUUGCGGGCGACAAAAUCGUGGACUCGGCUCACAGUGGCGCUACUGUGGACGUGCUCCUCGAGCGAGUGUAUGUGACGUCAGACCUUCUGCCCGAGCAGAGUGGCUUGCUCAUCAAGAAGCUGCUUUCAGAUGGAAUCGAAGAUCCGCCCCGAGAUGCGGACCUGGUAGAAUUGAGGGUGGACAGAGUGUUCACCGGCCCACAGCCGACGCAGACAGUUCUCCUUGAGCCGAAAGUGCUGUCGUUUUCUCUCGGCAGUGGGGAUGUCUGCGAUGCGUUGGACUUUGCCGCAGCAGCGAUGCAAGUCGGCGAAGAGGCCAAGAUCGUUUGCAGAAGCCCGCUGAAUUUUUCCGAUGUACAGCUCGGCUUGGCAUCCGAUUUACUGGAGGUCACACUUCAGGUAAAGCUCCUGAGUGUGAGGAGAGAAAGCCCUGGCCCUGGCCUCCUCCUUGCAGAGCAGUGCAAGGACCGUGCGGCCAAAGCCUUCAAAGAAGGGCGCUACCGCUUUGCUUUGGAAGUGUAUCGGAGGCUCAAGGUUGCUUUUCAUCGGGACGAGGCUGCCAAGCAAUUCUGCAAUCUCUGCGAGCUGAACCGUGCGGCGUGUUUCCUGAAGAUCGGGAGACCCCACGAAGCUCGCAAGGCAUGCUCGUGCGUGCUAGAUCAGGAUCCUGAGAAUCAGAAGGCACGCUACCGUCGCGCGUCGGCAGAGUUUCAGCUCUCGAACUACUCCGCAGCCUUGCACGACCUGCACGCAUUGCUGAAGCAGCAACCGACGAACAGCGAAGCGCGGACCCUCGCUGAUCAAGUGCGCAAGGCGCAGCGCGCCUACUCACAGGAGGCCAAAGCCGCUGCGGCUCGCAUGCUGGGUGACAGAAGUGAUAAGACCGCAGCCCAAGAAGGAGACAGUGAGGACGGCUCAGAAUCGGCCUGUGUCCGGUUUCGAGCGCUCGCAAGGAAUCUGCUGCCGUGCUUGCCGAGCUUGCGCGCGUUGAAAACUUGA